CACACUGAGAAGUGCUCCACUAUGCCAGACUCACCUGCGGAUGUGAAAACACAAUCCAGGCUAACUCCAUCCACCAUGCCUCCUCCUCCUCCAACCACCCAGGGCCCUCGAACCAGCUCAUUCACACCUACUACAUUGUCCAACGGCAACAACAGCCACUCCCCAACGGCGUUAAAUGGAGCUCCCUCGCCACCCAACGGCUUCAGCAACGGGCCUAGCUCCUCCUCAUCUUCCUCGCUGGCGAAUCAGCUGCUCCCUCUUGCGUGCGGCGCCCGGCAGCUCAGCAAGCUGAAACGCUUCCUCACAACUCUACAGCAGUUCGGCAACGACAUCUCGCCUGAGAUCGGAGAACGCGUCCGCAUGCUGGUACUGGGGCUGGUGAGGAUUCUCAGCCCUCUCCUGUACUCCCUGUUCACCCAUGACUGCGUGGCCAUGCACGCCUCCAACUUAAUCACCAAUAAAACAAAAGAGAUGAUCGUGGACUUCAGGAAACAGCAGAGGGAGCAGACUAUCCACAUCGAAUGGACAGGAGUGGAGAAUGUGGAUAUUUCUAAUUUCCUCGUUGAGGCUGAAAAAUGUGGCUUGUCACCUAAAACCCUCACUAACUUUUACGGGUGCACAAUUGAGAUCAUCCUGUCGGGCUGUAUCACCGCCUGGUACGGCAACUGCACCGUCCACAACCGCAGGACUCUUCAGAGGGCGGUGUGGUCUGCAGAACGCAUCACCAGGGGCAAAACUACCUGCCCUCCAGGACACCUACACCACCCGAUUCCCCAGCAGAUCCAGAUCUUGACCACUAUCUCCCCUCUACAGGCCAACCUGCCACUCCUACAGCGGGAGCUGCUGCACUGUGCCCGUCUGGCCAAGCAGAACCCAGCUCAGUACCUGGCACAACACGAACAGCUCCUCCUGGACACCUCCUCCACCAGCUCCCCCGUCGACUCCUCAGAACUACUCCUAGACCUCAACGACAACGGCAAGAGGAGAACACCUGACAGAACCAAAGUGAACGGUUUUGACAGGGAUGGCCCCCUGCACCUGGAGACCUCCAGUAAAAGACCAUGUACGAUCAGCCCGGCAGGCCAAAGGUUCAGCCCCUCCAACGGUCUCUCCUACCAACCUAACGGCCUGGCCCAUGGACACCCCACGCCGCCCCCUCCCCCGCCCCCACAGCACUACCGGCUGGAUGACAUGGCCAUCACACACCAUUACAGAGACUCACCACACUACCGCCACCCCAACCACAACCACCGCGAGCUCAGGGAGAGACCACGGCCACUGGGAAUGCACGGGGCUCGUCAGGACGAGGUGAUUGACCACCGGUUGACAGACAGAGAAUGGGGGGAGGAAUGGAAGCACCUUGACCAUCUGCUGAACUGCAUCAUGGACAUGGUGGAGAAGACGAGGCGUUCUCUCACCGUGCUGCGGCGCUGCCAGCAGGCCGACAGGGAGGAGCUGAACUACUGGAUCAGACGAUACAGCGACGCGGACGACCUGAAGAAAGGAGCCAGCAGGACCCAGAGCAGACAGCACAGUCCUACAGGACAGGACGACCUCACUACAGAUCUUCUCCAUAGACCAGUGACGACCGGAUACGUACCUGAAGAAAUCUGGAAAAAAGCUGAUGAGUAUGUAAACAAAAGGAAGCACCAGGCCAUGUCAGAGCUCCAGAAGGGUUAUGGGAAGGCAGAGGAGAGGAAGGCCCAUGAGAUGAUUAUUUAUUAUCAUGAACGGUCCAAGAUGAGUUGUUGGAACUGCGGGCGGAAGGCGAGCGAGACCUGCAGUGGCUGUAACACGGCGCGCUACUGCGGCUCCUUCUGCCAGCACAAAGACUGGGAGAAACACCACCACGUGUGUGGCCAGACCCUCCAGGCCUCCCAGGCUGCUCAGCAGCAGCAGGGUACAGAGACCUCCACUACACCCUCUAGUAGAGCAGGCAGCCCAGCCGGAACCCCGCCUGCCACCACAUCCCGCUCCGCCACUCCAGGAACCCCCUCUACGCUGGAAACCACGCCGUACUAA